CUUGAUCUCCGUUGUAAGAAAUCUGAGCUGGACUAGAGAGACACAGAAUACAUGCUCAACACACUUACACUCCAGGCACGUCAGAUAAAUGAGCUGAAGGCAAUCACACACAGGAGUACAGGAGUGAAGGAGGACAGAAGAAGCCAGAGGGAAACCCUGGCUGGCAGAAGUCACUCUCCUAAGAAACUGGCGGCAUUUGUACAGCGGGGAUCUGAUCGCUGAUGAUUCAUAGAAGAUAGGCUCAUUGGACUUAGAAGUGGAAAGGACAUCACUUUAAUGAGGAGAAAAUAGCAACCUAUAGAGGCAUCUCCAUUCAGUUAAAGAAGAAAAGUUAAGGAAGUACUUCAGAGUUGGAGAGAGUAAUAUGGAUCCAGAGGAGUUUCCUCCUCCACCACCUGAAGUUCUAGAAAAUGAGUUAAAAAGUGCUACUAAUAAUGAUGAAGAGGAGGAAGGAGAACAAUUUGAUUUUGACAGUGGAGAUGAAAUUCCAGAAGCUGAUAGACAAGCACUUCUACCUUCAUCUGAAUCUGACUCCAGAGGUGAUGCUGAAAAUAAAGAAGUUCCAUCCACAGGAGACAGUAAUGAAGCUGGAGGAGACAAUUUGCAAGUUGCAGAAGCUGGUAAACUAGCUGUACCCAUGAAAGUAAAUCCCUAUUCAGUUAUCAAUAUUACACCAUUCCAGGAGAAGGAGCAAUUGUCGCCAGAUCUAAGUGCUGAAGAAGAAAGUUCAAGCCCCAGUGUGCCAAGUGUUUAUUCCGUUCCUGUGCCUUGUGGUUAUGCAGUUCCCUCCAAUUUACCACUCAUACUUCCAGCCUACUCUAGCCCCAUCAUCAUUCGCACUCUCUCUGUGGAUGAAGAAGUAGAUACACAGGAGAUGACAGAAGAGUCCCAUUUCAAUUCUUUAAGUUCAGAGGAUCCUCCAAACAGUGAAGAACAGGUUAAUAAAGAAGACAGUCCUCUAGCCAAGUGGGUUGCAGAUCCUGCCAAUACAGCAUGGAUGGAAAACCCAGAAGAAGUGAUUUAUGAUGAUGUUCCAAGAGAAAAUUCAGACUCAGAACCAGAGGAAAUGAUUUAUGAUGAUGUUGAGAAUGGGGAUGAAGGUGGAAACAGCUCUUUGGAUUAUGGGUGGAGUUCAAGUGAAUUUGAAAGCUAUGAAGAGCAAAGUGAUUCAGAGUGCAAAAAUGGGAUUCCCAGCUCCUUUUUGCGAGGCAACCACAAAAAACAACUGUCUCAUGACCUAACCCGUUUAAAGGAGCACUAUGAAAAAAAGAUGAAAGAUUUGAUGGCAAACACUGUGGGAGCAGUAGAGAUUCAGCAACUAAAGCAAAAACAUGAGCUGAAGAUGCAAAAACUCAUGCGGGCGGCAAAAGAAGGUACCAAAGAUGGCCUCGAAAAAACCAAAGCUGCUGUAAAGAAAGGCCGCUCUUUCAUCCGGACAAAAUCAUUUGUUUCUAAUGAACACAGAUCUUGUCUUCAAGAAGAAGAGUUGAAUUUAUUUAUUGAUGUUGAUUGUGUGCACACAGAGGCAAUUAUGACCCCAAUGCCUGAAGGUUUAUCCCAGCAGCAGGUUGUAAGAAGAUAUAUUUUGGGUUCAGUUGUUGAUAGUGAAAAAAACUAUGUGGAUGCUCUUAAAAGGAUUUUGGAGCAAUAUGAGAAGCCACUUUCAGAGAUGGAACCAAAGGUUUUGAGUGAAAGGAAACUAAAGAUGGUGUUUUAUCGCAUUAAGGAAAUCCUUCAGUGUCAUUCUAUGUUCCAGAUUGCUUUGGCCAGUCGGGUAUCAGAAUGGGAUUCCAUUGAAAUGAUUGGAGAUGUCUUUGUUGCUUCGUUUUCCAAAUCCAUGGUACUGGAUGCUUACAGUGAAUAUGUGAAUAAUUUUAGUACAGCCGUGGGAAUUCUCAAGAAAACAUGUGCUACCAAGCCAGCUUUUCUGGAUUUUUUGAAGCAGUGCCAAGAAUCAAGUCCUGAUCGAAUUACCCUCUAUGGUUUGAUGAUGAAGCCAAUACAACGCUUUCCACAGUUUAUUCUCCUCCUCCAGGACAUGUUGAAGAAUACCACAAAAGGACAUCCUGACAGGCUACCCCUGCAGAUGGCGCUUACAGAGCUUGAAACAUUAGCGGAGAAGCUCAAUGAAAGGAAAAGAGAUGCGGAUCAGAGAUGCGAAAUCAAACAGAUAGCCAAAGCCAUAAACGAAAGAUACCUGAACAAGCUUCUCAGCAGUGGCAAUAGAUACCUCAUUCGUUCCGAUGACAUGGUAGAAACGGUUUAUAAUGACAAAGGAGAAAUUGUCAAAACCAAAGAACGUCGACUCUUCAUGUUGAAUGAUGUGUUAAUGUGUGCUACUGUUAGUGCCCGCACUUCACAUGAAAGCAGCGGGGCUAUAUCAACAAGCCAAAGAUACUUAUUAAAAUGGAGUGUUCCUCUCGGACAUGUAGAGGUCAUAGAAUACAGCAGUGGUCAAGGCCAAGGAGAAAAUAGUAGAUACCCCCAAGCACAUUCAACGGAAAGCAUUAUUGUGGUCGCCAAUGCUAAGCCGCACAAACUUUACAUGGGGCCAGGACAACUGUACCAUGAUUUACAGAAUUUGUUACAUGACUUGAAUGUAGUUGGUCAAAUCAGUCAAUUGAUAGGAAACCUUAAAGGAAACUAUCAGAACUUAAAUCAGUCAGUGGCCCUUGACUGGACAUCAGGUUUACAAAAGCUUAUCAUGAAAAAAGAAGAUGAAAUCCGAGCAGCUGAUUGCUGUCGAAUUCAGUUGCAGCUCCCAGGGAAACAAGACAAGUCUGGACGGCCUACUUUCUUUACAGCUGUGUUUAAUACAUUUACCCCUGCCAUCAAACAAUCUUGGAUCAACAACUUACAGAUGGCUAAGCUUGCCCUGGAGGAGGAGAACCAUCUGGGCUGGUUUUGUGUGGAAGAUGACGGGAAUCAGAUAAAAAAGGAGAAACACCCCCUUCUUGUUAAACACAUGCCAGUGAUGGUGGCCAAACAGCAGGAGUUUAAGAUUGAAUGUGCUGCUUAUAAUCCAGAGCCUUACCUUGGCAAUGAAACUGAGCCAGAUUCAUUUUCCAUGCAGCAUGGAUUUCUAUGGAUUGGUAGCUGUACUAAUCAGAUGGGCCAAAUAGCCAUCAUCUCAUUUCAACAUUCCAGCCCCAAAGUGAUUGAAUGCUUCAAUGUAGAGUCACGAAUUCUUUGUAUGGUGUACAUUCCAGUGGAUGAAAAACAUAAAGAGUCCAAUGUCACCUCUGAUUCUGAAACUGUGGCUGGAAAAACAUCAGAUGUACCUACUAUUUGUCUAGGCACAGAAGAAGGGAGCAUUUCUAUUUAUAAAAGUAGUCAAGGCUCAAAGAAGGUGCGACUUCAACACUUUUUCACACCUGAGAAGUCUACUGUCAUGAGCCUAACUUGCACAUCACAGUAUCUCUAUGCUGGCCUUGUCAAUGGGAACGUUGCUGUCUACACCAAAACAGAAGAUGGAUCCUGGAAUUCUGAACCUCAAAAAGUCAUCAAAUUAGGUGUCCUGCCAGUUAGAAGUCUACUAAUGAUGGAAGAUACGAUAUGGGCAGCAUCCGGUGGACAAGUUUUUAUCAUCAGUAUUGAGACUCAUUCUAUAGAGAACCAUCUAGAGGCCCAUCAAGAGGAGGGAAUGGUGAUCUCUCACAUGGCAGUUGCUGGAGUUGGCAUCUGGAUUGCUUUUACAUCUGGUUCUACUCUCCGUCUUUUUCACACAGAGACACUAAAACAUCUCCAGGACAUCAACAUAGCUACUCCUAUUCAUCAUAUGUUGUCAGGACAACAGCGAGUAUCUGUCACUAGUCUGCUGGUGUGUCAUGGCUUAUUAAUGGUUGGGACAAAUCUGGGAAUCAUCGUAUCACUACCAGUUCCUCGUUUGCAAGGAAUUCCCAAAGUGACUGGCAGAGGAAUGGUUUCAUACCAUGCACAUAAUGGCCCUGUGAAAUUUCUUGUUAUGGCUACAGCUUUAAACAAGAAAAAUAAAGGUCACUCCAGAAACAGUCUGCUCCCCAACUCUGAAGCUCAGGAUGAAGACCAGAAGGACAUCCUUCCAAAUGAGGUAUCUAACUCCUGUCUAAGUCAGAGCACCCAUGACAACGCAGUUUGGUUAGGGGACUCAGUGGGAUCCAUUACCCAAAAAAGUGACCUGUCGUCCUCAUCUGGAUCAUUAACCUUGUCUCACGGAUCCAGUUCUUUGGAGCAUGGGCCAGAGGACAGCACCAUUUAUGAGCUCUUGAGAGAUCCCAAUAUUGCACUUCAUAAAGGGAAGAGCCACCACUUCAAGAAAACAAAGGCAAGCUCAGUAUUAGUCAUCUGCGGAGGACAGGGGCACCGAAGGGUGAAUAAGAAAACCAAGCAACAGCGGCAAGAUGAUCUGGUUUCCUCUGUUAUGGUCUGGCAGAUUCCUCUGUUAAAUAUAUAAAAGGGAAUGCAGCAUACUCAGCAGUCAUGGAGUUUGCAAUUGAGGAUAACUUUGUAACUAAAUCAUAGAAUCCAUGAUUUAGACUGUGUCGAC